AUGCCACGAAAGAUGCUGCCCAAAAAAACCCCAGAGUUAUAUACAGCCCAUCAACUUCAACCAGUGCCGCCUCGUCAAGUACCAGAGGUGCAGCCACAGCUUGAGAAGCAGCCUGAGCCUGAAAGGCAAUCCGAGCCAGAGCCGCAGCAGUUGCGACCCAUUCCGAUGCUUCAGUCAGAGCAACCUCGUGAUUUUGCCCCCCAUCGAGGAAAUGAGCAGGUCCAGCAGCGGAAUAAUAGCCAGUUCAUGAAGGGGGCGACCCCCCCGACUCGACAGCAACAGGAAGAUGACACCCCCAUGUACUUUCAAGCCUCCCUUCACGAGCUCUAUCCCGUCAGGCUCGUCAAUCCGCGGUGCGCCAAAUUCAAGAAAGUGUUUCAGAGGCCACACUUCUUCACCCCGUCCCCGAGUUAUGCAAUCGGAUACACUUCUGUGCCGCCACCACAGCCCGGAGCUGCUACUGGUAGUACUGCUGUCGAUGACUCCGCGCCCCCUGUCAUUGACGUCCCGCGCUCUGCAGUCAAAGAAGCCAUUGCCAGUCGUAACGACGUCUUCAAGGGAAACCCCGCGCUGUUUGACGAGGUCAUGAUGAAUGGCCAACCACUUGACCUUAAUGGCUACGACCUUGAGCAGAAUGAGGAAGGCACUGCCAAUUUGAUCCCGCUUAACCUUGACCCGGCUGCGUUUACGCUCAAGGAUUUCCUCACUCGGCCUGAUCCGAUGGAAACGGGGAAGGGGAAAGAGGGGGGGACUGGACGGGAGGGGGAGAUGGAGGAGGUUGCUUUUGAGGUUGAAAUUGAUCCCAGCGACUGGAUUGCUGACAUUGUUACCAAGAUGAUGUACGUCUCUGGUGAGACGGGCGAGCCAUCGGCCGAGACGACGGGGAUUAUCGAGGAUAUCGUGAGGCAGCAGGUUAUUGAGAUUCUCCGCAACUGCACCGAACUCGCCGCCCGCCGCGGCGCCCGCGCGAUCACUAUUAAUGACCUGAUUUUCCAAAUCCGUGAUGACGCCCCAAAGGUUUCCCGUCUGCGGACAUUCCUCUCCUGGAAAGACGUCCGCAAAAACGUCAAGGAUUCCGACGACAAGGGAGGAGAGGGUGAUCUUGGUGCGGGUGAAGACCCCGUCGGUGGUGUAGUUCCCGGCGGGCCAGUCGACGACACGGCCAAAAAGAACAAGAAAGCCAAAGUCGGCCUCCCCUGGGAACCAUCGUCUUAUUUCGCCGUCGAAGUCCCAGAGAGAGAAGACGAAGAAGACGAGGAGGAAGAGGAAAUGAACCACAUCACCCUCCAGCGCCUCCGCAAGGCAGACGAGCGGACCAAGGCCAUGACGCGAGAGGAAUACGUCACCUGGUCUGAGUUUCGCCAAGCAUCGUUUACGUACCGUAAGGGAAAGAGAUUUAGGGAAUGGGCGGGUUUUGGGAUCGUGACGGAUAGCAAGCCGAGUGAUGAUAUUGUGGAUAUCUUGGGGUUUUUGACGUUUGAGAUGGUGCAGACGCUGACGGAGGAGGCGUUGAAAAUCAAGGAGAAUGAGGACCAGCAUAGGGAGAGGACGGGAGGGGGGGAGCAGGCGGCGGGGAAUGCGGCGAAGAAGAGGAAGAUGGGGGGUUUGGGUGGGGGGUUGUUUGAUCCGCCUAGUGAGGGGAGGACGCCGGUUGAGCCGAGGCAUAUUCAGGAGGCUUUUAGGAGGCUGCAGGGACGGAGUAAGAAGAGUAGGGCUAUGUUGAACGGGACGAGGAUUCAGCAGAGGACGAAUUUGAGGUUGUUUUAG